AGUUUUUCAAUCAAAAGCGGGUAACUUUUUAGCAAAAUAAAACCCCGAAAGGGGGGAAAAAGGAGGGAAGAGUUCUGGUCUGACGCGGCAGGCAUCCCGGCGGCGCCAAGCGCACGCCCCUUUCCUCCAAGCGAAGUCCCGUGGGCGCUUCCGCCGCGAAAACCGGCGCCGAGCCCGGCAGGUGGAGCGCCAGCGAAGCUCCGGCACUCCGCUCCAGCCACGGAGCCCUUCUUGCUCUCAAGGAAACCUCGGCAGCGGGAGGAGGGUCACGGCUCCGCCCGUAGCCAAUCCGCGCCCGCGCUGCCAGUUAACCGAGGAGAAUGGGCUGUAGUUUCGUGGAGUAGCAAAAGCUGCAAACAGUGUGGACCGCUCUCGGGGUGCAAGGAUACAAGGCGCGUCCGGCCCAUGCCUCCGCCAAAGGCGCCAGAAACAGAAGGCCGGGCCGGCAGCGAAGUUUCCUAACUCGCCUCUCCAUCCCUGGCCGGCGUCUGUCUUCCGCGCAAGGCGAGCCCCCUGGACUUUCUCGGGCGGCAGGAACACGCUCCGACUAUUGUUUGCGGGUCCUCUCCCCGCUUCCUCCGCCCGUCCCCCCCCCGCCCGCCCGCCCAAUAUGGCAAAGGUUCAGGUGAACAACGUCGUGGUGCUGGAUAACCCCUCGCCUUUCUACAACCCCUUCCAGUUCGAAAUCACCUUCGAGUGCAUAGAGGACCUCUCCGAAGAUUUGGAAUGGAAAAUCAUUUAUGUGGGCUCAGCAGAAAGUGAGGAAUACGAUCAAGUUUUAGAUUCAGUUUUAGUAGGCCCAGUUCCUGCAGGAAGACACAUGUUUGUAUUUCAGGCAGAUGCUCCUAAUCCAGGACUUAUUCCUGAUGCAGAUGCUGUAGGUGUAACAGUUGUCUUAAUUACUUGCACUUACAGAGGUCAAGAAUUUAUCAGAGUUGGGUAUUAUGUAAACAAUGAAUAUACUGAAACAGAAUUGAGAGAAAACCCUCCAGUAAAACCAGACUUUUCUAAGCUCCAGAGGAAUAUUUUGGCAUCUAAUCCCAGAGUCACAAGAUUCCAUAUUAACUGGGAGGACAACACUGAAAAACUGACAGAUGCCGAGAGCAGUAAUCCAAACCUCCAAUCACUCCUUUCUACAGAUGCCCUGCCUUCUGCCUCAAAAGGGUGGCCAACAUCUGAAAACUCUCUAAACGUCAUGUUGGAAUCUCAUAUGGACUGCAUGUGACCUUCUGCGCCAUGUUAUAUGUUGAGCUCUAAACACACACAGUACACAGAACACAACCAUCACGGAAACCUUUUUUUGGAAUUACAUAUUAAACAAAUGUGAAAAUUGUUUAAAGAACACACACCCUGUAGAAAGUUUAUAAGGAAAAAUAUUUGCGUGGAUGUAUAAAUAAAAUUAUUUUUAAGUAA